AUGAAUAUAAAGUAAUUUAUUCUUUUGAUUCUCUUUACUACUAUUUAUGCACAAAGUUAAAGCAAUUUAGCCGAUUUCUAAGAUAUUUUUAAUGAAUAUUAAAAGAUUUUGGCAAAAGCUAGUGCAUCUUUAAAUGAUAGUUCUUAUGAAGAUUUGAGUGCUAGGAGAACUCUUAAAAAAUCUGAAACGAUUGCUGAAAAUGCUUAGAAAAAAGCUGAAAAUGCUAAAAAGGAUUUGCUUUAAGCUUAAGAUGCUUUAAAUAAAGCUUCAUUAUAAAGUAUAGAAGCUAAAAAAAUUAUAAAAGCUUAUGAGGAAAGUCCUUGGGAUGAUGAAUUUAUAGAUGAAGCUGAAGCUGCAUUAGAAAAUUUUGAUUAAGCUCAGGAUAAUUAUGAUAUAUAUUCAAAUGCUUUUAACGAAGCUUAAUAAUAGCUUGAAGAUGCUUAAGAAUAAUUGAAUGAAGCUAAAAAGAAUUUUAAAAUAGCUCAGGAGGUUAUAAGAUUCGAUGAGGCUAUAAAGUAGCAACUUCUUCUAAUACAUGAACGUGAUAAUAAUGAUUAAAAUUUAUUUGCUUAAUAUGACUAGAUUAUUGAUAAUCUGAAAGCUUUUUAAAAAAAAAUUAGCUAGGCAGAAGAUAAAGCUGAGAAGGCUGAUAAUAAAAAAGACUGA